GCCAGAGGACACUGCAGGGAGGAAGCGACCCGACCUGGUGGCCAUGAAGCGCCGCGUGAGAGUGAAGACUUGGGUGGAGGAGAACAGGGCCUCCUUCCAGCCCCCAGUCUGCAACAAGCUCAUGUGUUCCGGGACCCCUUCCCCCUACCACAGUCUCCUCCCUCCCAGGACCUGAUCCAAGACCUCCCCUACCACUCCUUUGCAGGCACCAGGAGCAGCUCAAAAUCAUGUUCGUCGGGGGCCCCAACACCAGGAAGGACUAUCACAUUGAGGAGGGCGAGGAGGUGUUUUAUCAGCUGGAAGGAGACAUGGUUCUCCGUGUACUGGAGCGAGGGAAACACCGGGAUGUGGUCAUUCGGCAGGGAGAGAUAUUCCUCCUGCCUGCUGGGGUGCCCCACUCCCCGCAGAGGUUUGCCAACACCAUGGGACUGGUGAUUGAGCGGAGACGGCUGGAAACCGAGCUAGAUGGGCUCAGGUACUACGUGGGGGACACCGUGGAUGUCCUGUUUGAGAAGUGGUUCUACUGCAAGGAUCUCGGCACCCAGUUGGCCCCCAUCAUCCAAGAGUUCUUCCGCUCUGAGCAGUACAGAACAGGAAAACCCAACCCUGACCAGCUGCUGAAGGAGCCGCCAUUCCCUCUGAGUACACGAUCCAUCAUGGAGCCCAUGUCCCUGAAGGCUUGGCUGGAUGGCCACCACAGGGAGCUGCAGGCAGGCACAUCUAUCAACCUGUUUGGGGACACCUAUGAGACACAGGUAAUCGUGCAUGGGCAAGGCAGGAGCAGAGGCCUGGAGCAGGACGUGGACAUGUGGCUGUGGCAGCUGGAGGGUUCCUCAGUGGUGACAAUGGGGGAACAGCACCUGGACCUGGCCCCAGAUGACAGCCUCCUGGUGCCAGCUGGGACCUCGUACACGUGGGAACGAGCACAAGGCUCUGUGGCCUUGUCUGUGACCCAGGAUCCUUCCCGCAAGAAGCACCUGGGGUGACCGUCUUACUGUGGCCCAAAGCAGUCAGCAUGUGCCAGAGUGCUAUCCCGAGAGCCACCCUCCAAACAGCUCUCCCCACCCCACCACUUCCCAGGGCACAUCUGCCGAGCACCUCGGCAUGCCCGCCACCAGGCCCUGGGCAUCGCUGCCAUCUACCCUUCUGCCAUUCAGUCAGGGAUGCCAGGCUCCUAGGGUCCCCACAGCUCCCCUUCCCCCCUGAAGCCAUCAGCCCCUCAUGGUUGGACACGUGGUGUGCACCCCAUCCCUCUGUCCCCACAGGCCCACCGCUCACCUUUGAGAAGGCCCUCAAUAAAGGCUUCCUGGAGAACCAGCA